ACAGCGUCGUUUACCGUCGGCUCAACGCAUGACUUUGUCGGCGUCCUCUAAAGGUUGUUCACGGUGUUUGUAGAGCUCCGGGUCGUCGUAGUUGGCCCGAGAUCUUUGAAGGUCAUGGAGAAAGUGGAGAUGUAUGAGGUUGUCAAAGUGACUGAGGAGGUGGAGAGCUACUACAGUCAAAUGGAGGUGACUAUUCCAAAAAAGAGGAAGAGCAAGACUCAAGAAGACAGUGUUGAGAAACCUAAGAAGCCUAGGUCUGCCUACCUGCUAUACUACUUUGAUGUUCAUCAGAUUAUGCAAAAGGAAAUCCCUAAUCUACCACAGUCAGAGAUCAACAAGAGAAUCAGUGAGAGCUGGAAAAGGCUCAGCGUAGCUGAGAAAGGCUACUAUCUGGAGAAGGCCAAGUCUGAGAAAGAGGGCAUAGACACUAUGUCUCUCAGCCCCUCCAAAGACCUGCCAGGCUUCCGCAAAAUCCUCCCCAGAGCCAGUUACUUUCUCUUGUCCAAAGGCUGCUCAUCAAAUCAGCAGCUGGGAGGCUCUCAGUCAGAGGUGAGCGUGGAGUCUCUGGACUCUCCGGUGGAGGGAGGCUUGGCUUCCGUCUCUCUGCCCCAAGAGCCCCAGUUCACACCUCUUGGGUUGGACGGUGAGGUGGAGCUUUCUGAGCAACCCAUUGUUGUCGACGACAUAGCAGAGGAAACAGAAGUGGCGUCUAAUCCCACAGACCCCCAAGGCAUGCCUCGCUGCUCGUCCUCCUCUGUGCCAUGCAAAGCCCCGGCCUCGACAGACGCCCACGUCUCACAGGGCUCAGGUCACCUUACAGCAAAUGGGGUCACUCUGAAAGGAAUUGAGACAGGAGUUGCUGGCAGUGGUUAUGGUGGGGCGAUGGUGCAGCAGAUACAGGGGGAAACGACACAUGUGGUUGCCAUCGUACCCACACAGAACCUGCUAGAGCCCAAGUCUUUGUCAGGUGUCAGCUCUGUGGGCCCAAUGAUGAUGGUCUCUGUAGGAGCCAGCACAGAACAAAGUGCCAAAUCUUCCUAUAAAAUGGCUGUCAAAACAUACACCCGAAGAGGUCGAGGGAGGUGUCUAAAUCCUGGAUGUUCGUUUGUGUAUGUCACCCGCCACAAGCCACCAAAGUGUCCUGAAUGUGGAAACCACUUGGGUGGAAAAUGGAUACCUGCUGCAAAGAAGACACAAGAGAAAGAACCUGCGCCCAAACAAUUGCCACAGAAAGCUGAAACCAAGACUAAUGAAAACUGCCAAGCCACACCUCCCUCGGCACAGGAGGGGAAUGCAGAUGUCAGUGAAACAUCCGCCUCUGGGAGCAAAAAAGUAGGGCAAGUUCAACGGCGCUCCAGAAAGCAGCCUGCAGUUCCAGCUGAUAAGCCACCAGAGGGCAGCAGCACCAAGGAGCAGGAAAAAACAAAACAGAUGAAAGAAAUUCUUCAGAGCACGACUGUCCAAGGUCAAGACAGAAGCAAUGCUGCCGUUCAAAAGAGGCCCGUGAGACCCAUCCUUCCUGCCUACUACAACACAGGUCGUGCUUUGUUCCAGAUCAUAACUGUGCCACCUGACAAAGGAAAGUUUCAGAGUGCAAACAACAAUAAAUCAUCCACUGCGCCUCGAGAGAGUUUAACAGGUCUCAAACCCAGCACUUUAAAGCAGCUCGGCCAAGCAGUCCAGACAACUGCAGCAAAGCAGGACUCUUCUGUCCCAGCAGAUGGAGGCCAGCCAGUGUGUUCAUUGGUUGAUAAGGGAGUGAAUAUCGUGUCAUUCGUGCCUUUUAAACAACACACCGUUUCCAGCUUUGAUUUGGGACUGUCUACAGCUCGAGGAAGGGGUCGAUGUAAGAACCCGUCCUGUGACUAUAUGUACAAGAACAGACACAAACCUGCAGUGUGCCCUAAAUGUGGCUGUGAGCUGACCCAGAGGAACGCCAAGGGAACAAAGUCUGAGACUCUGCUCGAUCCGUACCAGGCCCUGAGUCCUGCUCAGAAGGAAAUCCAGCGCCAAAAUACCCUGCAGUUACUGCACCGUUCCCUGCAGAUUCCUGAGAGCGAGACUGAGCUGCAGGAAACGUUGACCCUCAUCCAGGAGCUCAACAGUCUCCAGAUCGUCCUGGUCCAACCGUGUGGACAGGAGCAUGAUGACAACAUGGAGACGGAGACGCUGGUAGAGUCUGGGUGGCCUCAGUUCUACGAGUCAGCAGCAACUCACUGUGGCCUGUGUAACUAUCCUCUCUUUAAAGGAGGUCAGAGCACUGUCGCAGGACAAGAGGACUGCUGGCUGCUGACUGAGACACUGAUCCAGACAGCCACUCUUCAGCUGAAGGUGUGUCUCAACGUUCAGUGUCUGGCUCUGCACAGCUUCACUGACCUUCAUCCAGGUUUGUUCAACAUUGGGAACAGACUGCUAGUAAGUAUCGACCUGUUUCUGAAGAUCAGGACCUGUAUCAAACAGGGCCAAGCCCCCCCUCAGGCAGCCAGGACCGUACUAGACCACACCCCCAAUCACCCUGUCCACGCUCUGAGUCCAGAGGAGAUGUCUCAAAUUCAAGAGCUUCUCCUGAAUGGCUACUGGGCCUUUGAAUGUCUGACCGUGCGUGAUUACAACGACAUGAUCUGCGGCAUUUGCGGUGUUGCUCCCAAACUGGAGAUUGCACAGCGAUACACAAGCAACGUACUGGAGCUAAAGAAUGUGGAGUUUACCUGGCCUGAGGUUUCAGUCUCAGAUGAGGUACAUGUGGACGACUUCUGGCUGACCAUGGAAAGUGAGGCUAUCGAGCAAGCAACUUUCCCCACGGACAUUCCCAUCACACGAGUGGAUGCUUCAAUCAUCGCUCCCUUCAUUCCCCCGCUGAUGAGGAGUCCCACUGUCAUCAACACAGAGAAGGACAAGGUCCUGUCACUUACACAGCCGCCCUCAGGAGAUCCAUCAGUUUUGGUACGUCUCAUUCAUGAUGGUCAGCUGAGACUCGACAAGAUUGAAGAUCACAAUGAGGACGAGCUGAGAACAAUACUGGACCGCUGCGGGGCGAGCAUCACCCCAGACUCCACUAAGAAUGAGCUGCUUGCGUCACUGAUCUCCUUGUACACACUCGUUCAUGGUGGCCUCUCUACGGCCCCACAGCCCACUCCACACCUCACCGCCGGCAAGCUGUCCAAGGUCUGCCCCCACAAGGUGGUGUGCGGCUCUAAGUACUUGGUGAGAGGAGAGACGGCUCGUGACCACGUAGACCUGCUACUGUCCUCCCGCUACUGGCCCCCCGUCUAUGUUAGUGACUGUGCCCGACAGGUGGCGCUCUGUGCUGACGUGCAGGUCCCAGAACAGGCAACCCAGAUGUGGGGCAGGAACCAAGGCUGCUUCUCUGACCCUUUCGAAAAGCCAGAGUUUGUUUCAUGUGCUGAGCUAGAGGAGCAGCCGUACAGCGCCGACCUGUCGUUGGUAGCAGAGAACCAGCAGGUCCACCCCAUCACCAAAUCAUCUCGGUGCUGGCUGGUUCACCCUCCUGAAGCAGCCCAGGAGCCUCCUGCUCUUCCGUCAGAGCACCACUCAAUGGUCCUCUGCAGAGAUCUGGAGCCCUACGUCCAACUGAUGGCUGAGCUGGAGAAAGAGGAGGAUGACGAGGUUGCAGAAAAGCAAGCUGAGGAUGACUCCGCAGAGAGCUCGGAGGACUGUUACUCUGUUAGCGUAGCGCGGCGCCAACCUGUGGUUUUCAACAACACAGCUUAUUACUACCUUUACAACCGUCUGGUAGAUUUCCUCACCAGCAGAGACGUUGUGAGCCAGCAGAUCAACCAGGUGGUAAAGGCCUGCCAACCGGGGGAGGUCGUGAUCAGAGAUGCUCUGUACCGACUGGGAGUGGCACAGAUCAACACGGAGAGAGAGGAAGAUGAAGGAAGUGGUGUGGAGGGACAGACACAAGAGGUAGGGACAGAGACAUAUGAGGUUGUGCUUCCUGAAUAGAAAUGUUCAGGAUGGA